UUAAUUAAUGGAAUUACCGAGUGGACAGCAUUUUUUGCCCUUUUGCUUAUUCUUUUCAUAAUAAUCUUCGCAUCUUGCUCUUGCAUCAGCCUUUGUUGUUUUAUCCACUUCCUCUUUGAGACAAUCAAGCACUCCAUUGCAGUCGUAUUCUCCCUUCAUGUAUGUGAACGCGUCCUUGCAUUUUGACACAGGACAGCAAAAUUUCAUAUUGUAUUCAGGAGACUCGACACAUUCGUUGUCCCACUUUGAUUCAUCCGCCAGUUCUUUUCCUUCCACUCGAUUGCAGUCCUCAUCUUUAGCGCACAUUAGAACCUUGCCGGCUGUAUCUUUAGCAACUAUUCCUGUUUUGCAGCGGAACAUUUCCGUUUCAUUCUUGGCACUAUAAUAACAGCAUAGUUUCAAGCUCUUUCCUUUCUGAAGUGGAGUUAUUGGGUUCCCCUUGUCCUCGGCUGUAACACAUCUACCCAUAGAGUCAGGUUUUUUGCAAUCCGAAUCCUUUGAACAAAGGUUGCCUCCCGGAGUAAAUCCUGCAUACGACUUGAUGCUAUGAUCAGCUUUUUCUUUGGCGACAGCCUCCAAUUCUUUAGUGCAAUCGUACUGACAGCAGAAGCCCCUGUUUAA